GGUUGGGGGAGGGGUAGUUGGGGGGUCGUUUUCAGCACAUGUAGUGCGCGGUACGCAGCCGUAGACGUUUGUCUUGGUCAACCACUUGCAUUCGGAGCCGUAGGGAAGCCCUGGUUGGGCGUGGGGACAAUUCCCCACGAUGUUUGCAACGCAAAACGUGGGCAUUUGGGGGGUCACUUGAGUGCAAAAGUGGUAUCUUCCCUGCACGCUGAUGGAGGCCCAUCCCCCUUUCAGGACAUUCUCGUCUGAGCACAUUUCCAAGUCGGGAACGUUCAUGUCGAGCACGCACUUGGACACGUCGUCAAAGACGGGGUCCGACGGCGCGGGGGCUUCGGUUGGUUCGGGGGGUGUCGUAUCCUCUGGAACGACGGCGUCGUCGGUAAGCUCCCCGUCUUCGAUGAUCGUGCCGUCCGCGCAUAUGGAGUGCGGGAGGCAACCCAAACGACCCGUGGGCAAUGUAGUGCAAUAUGAUCCAUACGGAAGGCCUGUCUGGGGCCCUGGACAGCUCUCGGGAACGGAAGGGGAGCAAUACUUGGGGCCAAGGCUGCAAAACGAACCGUCCACUCCGAAGACAAACUUGAAUAGCCGGUUGGGGGCGACUUGGCAUGACGACGAGGUGGGGCAGAUGUGGCCCCGCGUCGAAACCGACGGGCGAUUCGUUGGUGGCGCGGGAGAAUGAGGAACAGCCACGACAGUUGGGGAUCGGGACGGGCGAGUAGUGGUGGAAAGCGGAGUUGGACGAGGGGUAGGUGAAAUAGUACGUGCAUGGAUAGGUGCAGAGGUUGGUUGGGGGGUAAGUGCAGGAGAAGGUUCAGAAGUAGGUUCAGGCGUCGAUUGAGGAGUUGGCUCGGGGGUGGGUGCAGGGGUAGGUUCGGGUGUCUGUUGAGG